AUGGCAUGGCUCUUCCUGCGAAUUAAGGGUGAGAAGUUGUUUGUCGUUCAGAAUGAUAGCUAUGGAAGUUUGGGACUUGUGAGCUUGCUGGGCAUGCGCUUUGCAGCCAGACGCUUUCAAAAGACGCAGCGGCUGCGUUCUCCUUCGUCUCGCAGAGAGGUUGCAUUAGUCGCUGGACUUCUACCUGUACUUCCAAGCUCAUCAGCUCGAGCUGGACCAUUCGUCAGCUUUUUGAGCGAUAUCCUGCCUGUUCGAGAAGCUCAGCGUGAGGUGGCCAAGGUCGACGCAGAGAUUCGUGAAGGAGUCAACAGGUGGACGGAGGUGACGGUGCGGAGAAUUAAGUCUCCAGAGGUGCCUGAUGCAUCUGGAGCUGAAGAGGCUGUACUGCUGGCAGGAGAUUACGCGGUCAAUGUUGCUGGGCUUGACAGGAAGACCACUUCACUUCGUGCAGCCGAGCUCGAAGCAAAGGAGCCAGCUAGGCUUCGUGGCCGUGCCGAAGCAGGGCUCUUUGAGACAGAGAUGAUUGGAUCAGUCACCUACCACAUGGUCGCCAAUCUGGACAAGCCUGCUUUUAAAGCAUAUUGCAUUUGGAGAGCUUAUGGAGAGGCACUUGAAGCAGCGCCUGAAAAGGCAACCGCCUUCAGGCGUGCGUUCGGACGCUCUUUGCUAACUAGAUUGUUGAAAGAUAUUCCGGCGCAAGCACCACCAAUCAGAGCUUCUCAAGAGGCUGAGUUUCUCAUCAGUCAGUUGCAGGCCGCCUUCGACGCGUUCAUCACAGCCGGCUUGUGUACAAAGAUCUCGCUGCAAGCUGAUGAUGUGCUGGUGGACAUUUGGGCUAGUGGAGGUAGUUCUGAACUAGUUCUUCCAGUCUUGGUCGAAGGAGAUCCCUUGGUCGACGCCCAGCUGUUGCUGUUUGAGGAAACCACACCACUGGUCCUGCCCGAUCCGAUCCAAGCCGCCCUUGUUUCAUGGUUGGAGGAGGCACCAGGACCUGGAUAUGUCUCGCUGCAGACUUAUUACGUCAACUCCAGAUGGCGUGGCACCACUGAGUAUUCGAACAUGGUGUAUGUUCCGAAGCAACGACUUUUUCAGCUCACCUUGCAUAGGUCAACGAGCUAG